AGCCCUGCCUCCAAAACAUCCGGAGCGGAGUUUCUCCUUGUGUAAUGAGAAGUGUUGGAUAAGCGGCGGGUUCCUCAGCUUACACAACAGCAUGAGUUCGUCUGCAGGGCCGCUGCUCGGCUAGUUUGACACAGAGACGUUCAGAAAGAGUUUCUGGAAGAAGAAGAGAGAGAAGAAACAUGGCGAAGAGGAGAGAGAGCGUUGAGACUCAGGUCAAAACAAAGAAACCGAGGCAGGUGCUGACGGUGAAGAGCAGAACAGCAAAGGCAGCAAGAGCCAAGAAGAGACAGGCAGAUAAUGGCAUCACAGAGGAAGAGGAGAAACUGGAGAGGAAGAUCAAACCCAAUUCACGUUUGUCCUCAAAAUUGGUGGCGAAGAGAAACUCUCCCUCCAAAUCCACCACCAGCACCACCACUGAUGUCAACACCAGUAAAUACUUCCAGUCACCAGUCAAGGAGGAGGACAUUGGCAGUGAGGACGACUUUGACAUGGUGACAUCACCACCACCUGUGGUUACUGUAAACGCCAAGAAACCAGAGAAAGAGGAGGAGGACAGUGAGGAAGACGAGGAUGACUGGGAGGAAGUGGAAGAGCUAGCUGAGCCACUGGGUCCAGCUGAAGCAUCAGAACCUGUGCUUCCUUCUCAGCCUGUUGAGAUAGAGAUUGAGACACCAGAAGUCAGGAAAAAGCAGAAGAGGCAGGCGGAGUUUGAGUCGUAUCUGAGGCGGAUGAUGAACAAAUGCAAGAAAGACCUGCUGAUAGACACACACAAGGUCCACCUCAUGUGCCUGAUAGCCAGUGGAAUGUUUCGCAACCGUCUGUGCAGUGAACCAGACCUGUUGGCCAUCACUCUGUCACUGCUGCCCGGCCACUUCAGCAUGGUCCUGAAGGAACGCAUCGACCAAAACUACAUCUCUGGACUGCUCAAAUGGUUUAGAGCAACAUUCACCCUCAAUCCCAGUCUUCCCUAUGAGGAGUGUCCGGACCCCCGGGCUCUCCUGGAGAGGCGGCUAGCCAGCCUAUCAGCCAGGAACCACCAGGAGAUGACUCAGCUGUUCCUGUUAGUGCUGAGGUCUCUGCAGUUCUUCUGCAGAUUGGUUCUUUCUCUGCAGCCGAUUCCUUUGAAACCCCCGUCAGCAAAGGGCAAAGGAGCAAAAACAUCUCCUGGUGCUUCAGGAAAGAGCUGCUCAACCCAAGAAACCUCCAAGACCACCUCUCCUCAGCUGAAGGUCUCUCCUGGCACGAAGAGACCAGCUGCAGGGGGAAAAUUCAAGGGAGACAGAGGAGGAAAGAAAGCAAAGAGAAAAGAAAAACCGGAAGAAGAGGAAAAGGCUGUAACAUCUGGGGGACAGAGACCGAAGAACUCAAAGCGCCGCACUAUCGCUUCAAAGGUCAGCUACAAGGAGGAGAGCCACAGCGAAGAUGAAGAGGUACUAAGCGAUGAGGACGAGUUUAAGGCAAGCAGCGAGGAGGACAGUGAGGAUUCAGAGAGUGAAGCUAAACCAUCAAAGGGGAAAGGGAGGAAAGUGAUAAACAAUAAGAACACUGGAGGGAAAAAAAUGGUAAAAGACGAGGGGGACAAAGAGUGGGAAGAAGAUGAGGACGAGGAUGAAGAAGGAGAAGGAAAGGUAAAUAACAGAACAAAGCGAAGGAGUGGCAAGAAGACAAAGGGCCCUGGAGCGGACGAAUGGAUGGAGGUCUAUCUAGAAAAAACAUCUUCCUGGGUUUGUGUGGAUGUUGAGCACGGUGUCGGAAUGCCUCACCUCUGCUCCCAGAAUGCAACAUCACCAGUGACGUAUGUGGUGUCGGUGGACGGGGAUGGGUUUUUAAAGGACCUGGGAAGGAAGUACGACCCCACCUGGAUGACAUCAUCCAGGAAGAGACGGGUGGAUGAAGACUGGUGGGAUGAAACGCUCGAGCCAUUCCUGGGACCUGAGGACGAUAGGGACAAAAAGGAGGACAAGGAGCUCCAGAAUAAGCUUCUCAACAAACCCCUGCCCAUCUCCAUAGCGGAGUACAAGAACCACCCACUGUACGCCUUAAAGAGACACAUGCUCAAGUAUGAAGCCAUCUACCCUUCAACAGCCACUGUACUGGGAUACUGCAGAGGAGAGCCAGUGUACUCCAGGGAUUGUGUGCACACCCUCCACUCCAAAGACACAUGGCUGAAAGAAGCACGGACUGUCAGACUUGGGGAAGAACCAUACAAAAUGGUGAAGGGGUUCUCUAAUCGUUCCCGUAAGGCCAGGAUCAUGUCUGAGCUGAAGGAGAAGAACGACCUUCCUCUGUUUGGAGAAUGGCAGACUGAAGAGUACCUACCGCCUAUAGCUGUGGAUGGGAAGGUUCCCCGUAACGAUUACGGUAACGUCUACCUCUUUAAGCCCUGCAUGUUACCGGUAGGCUGUGUUCAUCUCAAGCUGCCCAACCUGCACCGCGUGGCCAGGAAGCUGGGCAUCGAAGCCGCCCCUGCGGUCACAGGCUUCGACUUCCAUGGAGGAUACUCACACGCUGUGACUGAUGGUUACAUUGUGUGUGAAGAACAUGAGGAGAUUCUCAGAGCUGCCUGGGUGGAAGAACAAGAGCUUCAGAGACAGAAGGAGAGAGAGAAACUAGAAAAGCGGGCAGUCUCCAACUGGACUCUGCUGGUGAAAGGACUUCUGAUCAGAGAGAGGCUUCGACAGCGCUACGGCAAGAAGAACCCUGGGUUGGGGAGCCUCGCUGAGGGAGACAACACCGGUGACCUUUCAUCUGAUGAGGAGGCAGGUGAGGGUGAAAGUCCAGGAGCUAAGACUGCAUCUGAAACUCUGGCUAUGUCCUGGCCUCAAAACAGACAAGCAGAGGAGGAGGACGGAGGGAACAGCAGCGGACUGAAGAAGAGGCAGAAAACAAAACGAGAAAAGAAAGGACAAGACAAACAUUUGUUUCCCUUUGAGAAGGCGUAAUAUUGGAGAUUAAAAACUGUUGAUGAAUGU